AUGGCCUGUGAUAGUCCAAGGGAGCCCUUGCUUUCAGGGUCAUCCAAUCCCAACCCUCGAAUGAGCUCAGUCGCAACUGCUCAAAAGAGAAGAGUACUGAGACGUGCUAGGAGCGCUCCUCAAGCGAGUUUGGCUCCACCAGCUCCAGCUGGCAAGGACAGUGAUCCGGUCCCAUUAGCAGAGUCCAUCUUCGGGAAGCUUCACCCUAGCAUCAAGCAAGUAGCUGUUUACUUGGCUAUCUACCUGGGCCUCGGCACUCUAUCCUUCUACUUUGUGAAAGAUGACUUCAUAGGGAAGAAGACGAACAAUCUUCUGGACGCCCUAUACUUCUGCGUCGUCACCAUGACCACCGUGGGAUAUGGAGACUUGGUCCCAAAUAGUUCCGCCGCAAAGCUGCUCGCCUGUCUGUUUGUCUUCACCGGGAUGGCUCUUGUUGCCUUGAUAAUGAGCAAGGCAGCCGAUUACUUGGCGGAGAAGCAAGAGAUCCUGCUACUGAAGGCGAUGCACCGAGACAUAAUCGGUCCAUCUGAAGUCCGUAAAGAAGCCGGGACCAAGAAGGCCAAGUACAAGUGCCUGCUGGCUGCAGGAAUCAUCGGAGUCCUCAUGGCGGUUGGAACCAUCUUCCUCCAUCGAGUCGAGCAUCUGGGACUCGUCGAUUCCUUCUACUGCGUCUGCUCCACCGUGACCACGCUGGGGUACGGUGACAAGAGCUUCUCCACGAGUGGUGGGCGCCUCUUUGCCGUGGUUUGGAUAAUUCUAAGCACCCUUGGGUUGGCUCAGCUGUUUUUCUACGUGGCGGAGGUGUUCACCGAGAGCAGGCAGAGGGAGUUGGUGAACUGGGUUCUUGCUCGAAAGAUGACCGCUGUGGACUUGGAGGCUGCUGAUAUCGACAGCGAUGGCCAUGUUGGGUGUGCGGAGUUUGUGCUGUACAAGCUGAAAGAGAUGGGGAAGAUCACCCAGGACGAUAUCAUGGUGGUGACGGAAGAGUUCGAGGGCCUUGAUGUCGACCAGUCGGGUUCGAUCACUGCGUGUGAUCUCGUUCUUGCUCAACCCACUGAAGCAAACAAAUGA